GAUACAGUGCCGCACAGCAGCAGGGUCCUGGUCUGGCUUUAGUUCUUAACUCUAACCAUCUUUCUCCAGGAGUGGCAAAAUAUUGUACACCGUUGCUUACGUUCCACCUCCACUUCCGAGCACUUGAGACUACAGUGCAACUAUGGGUGACGCAAUGAUGGCCGUGUUCGGGGCAGCAGCCCCUUACCUGAGGAAGUCUGACAUGGAGCGUCUGGAGGCCCAGACUCAACUCUUUGACAUGAAGAAGGAAUGCUUUGUGCCCGACCCCGUGGAGGAGUUUGUCAAGGCUUCCAUCGCCAGCCGGGAAGGAGAGAAGGUCACUGUGGAUACUCAGAAUGGGAAGACAUUGACCGUUAAGGAAUCUCAGAUCCUGCAACGGAAUCCUCCCAAAUUUGACAAGAUCGAAGACAUGGCCAUGCUGACCUUCCUCCAUGAGCCUGCUGUUCUGUUCAACCUCAAAGAGCGUUAUGCAGCAUGGAUGAUCUACACCUACUCUGGGCUGUUCUGUGUGACUGUCAACCCCUACAAAUGGCUGCCAGUCUACAACCAGGAGGUGGUGGAAGCCUACAGAGGAAAGAAGAGGAGUGAAGCUCCUCCUCACAUCUUCUCCAUCUCUGACAACGCCUAUCAGUACAUGCUGAAAGACCGAGAGAACCAGUCUAUUUUGAUCACUGGAGAAUCUGGUGCAGGAAAGACUGUGAACACAAAGAGAGUCAUCCAGUACUUUGCAAGCAUUGCAGCGUCUGGUGGGAAGAAAGAUCAAGCAGCUCAAAACAAGGGGACCCUGGAGGAUCAAAUCAUUCAGGCUAACCCAGCUCUGGAGGCUUUUGGUAACGCCAAGACCAUCAGGAAUGACAACUCCUCGAGAUUUGGUAAAUUCAUCCGAAUUCAUUUUGACACCCGAGGAAAGUUAGCUUCAGCUGACAUUGAGACAUACUUGCUUGAGAAGUCUCGUGUCACCUUUCAGCUCAAGGCUGAGAGAGACUACCACGUCUUCUACCAGAUUUUGUCUAACAAGAAGCCUGAGCUCCUGGAGAUGCUGCUGGUGACAGCCAACCCUUAUGACUACGCCUUCAUCUCUCAGGGGGAGACCACUGUGGCCUCUAUUGACGAUGCUGACGAACUAAUGGCAACAGAUAGUGCCUUCGAUGUGCUGGGCUUUACUCAAGAGGAGAAAAACUCAGUGUACAAACUGACGGGAGCUAUCAUGCACCUUGGCAACAUGAAGUACAAGCAGAAACAACGUGAGGAACAGGCAGAGGCUGAUGGAACUGAGGAUGCUGACAAAGUUUCAUAUCUGAUGGGCCUCAACUCUGCUGACCUCAUUAAGGGUCUCUGUCAUCCAAGGGUCAAAGUAGGGAAUGAGUGGGUCACCAAGGGACAGAGUGUCGCACAGGUGUACUCUGCCAUCGGUGCCCUGUCUAAAGCUGUGUAUGAGAGGAUGUUCCUUUGGAUGGUGGUGAGAAUCAACCAAUCACUGGAGACCAAGCAACCCCGCCAGUACUUUAUUGGAGUACUGGACAUAGCUGGAUUUGAGAUAUUCGAUUUCAACACCUUUGAACAGCUCUGCAUCAACUUCACCAAUGAGAAACUGCAACAGUUUUUCAACCACCACAUGUUUGUGCUGGAGCAGGAAGAGUACAAGAAAGAGGGAAUUGAGUGGACAUUCAUUGACUUUGGUAUGGACUUGCAGGCUUGCAUUGAUCUCAUUGAGAAGCCCAUGGGUAUCAUGUCCAUCCUUGAAGAGGAGUGCAUGUUCCCCAAGGCCAGUGAUACUUCCUUCAAAGCCAAACUUUAUGACAACCACCUGGGCAAAUCCAACAACUUCCAGAAGCCCAGGAUUGUCAAGGGGAAACCAGAGGCCCAUUUUGCCCUGGUUCACUAUGCUGGCACUGUGGAUUACAACAUCGGAAACUGGUUGGUGAAGAACAAGGACCCUCUGAAUGAGACUGUUGUUGGACUUUACCAGAAGUCAGCACUGAAGUUAUUGCCUGUCCUAUUUGCCAAUUAUGCUGGAUCAGAUGCAGUUCCGGUAGAGAGUGGUGGAAAGAAGGAGAAGAAGAAAAAAGGUUCUACUUUCCAAACUGUGUCAGCUCUUCACAGGGAGAACCUCAACAAGUUGAUGACCAACUUGAGGUCGACUCACCCUCACUUUGUGCGCUGCAUCAUCCCCAAUGAGACCAAGACUCCUGGGGCCAUGGAGAAUCCUCUGGUGAUGCACCAGCUGCGCUGUAACGGUGUCCUGGAAGGCAUCAGGAUCUGCAGAAAGGGCUUCCCCAACAGGAUCCUAUAUGGAGACUUCAAACAGAGAUACCGUAUCCUGAAUCCUGCUGCUAUCCCUGAGGGUCAGUUCAUUGACAGCAAAAAAGGAGCAGAGAAACUUCUGGGCUCUCUGGAUAUAGACCACAGUCAAUACAAGUUUGGACACACUAAGGUGUUCUUUAAGGCUGGACUCCUGGGGACUCUGGAGGAGAUGCGAGACGACCGUUUGUCACUCAUCAUCACUGGAGUCCAGUCAAGAGCUCGAGGUCUACUUGCAAGAAUUGAAUUCCAAAAGAUUGUCGAGCGCAGGGAUGCAUUGCUUGUCAUACAAUGGAAUGUGCGAGCCUUUAUGGGGGUCAAGAAUUGGCCCUGGAUGAAGCUCUUCUUCAAGAUCAAGCCUCUGCUGAAAUCAGCUGAGUCAGAAAAGGAGAUGGCCAACAUGAAGGACGAGUUCCUGAAGCUGAAAGAGGCCUAUGCAAAGUCAGAGACCCGCAGAAAGGAACUUGAGGAAAAAAUGGUCUCUCUUCUCCAAGAGAAGAAUGACCUACAGCUGCAAGUCCAGGCGGAGCAAGACAACCUCGGCGAUGCUGAGGAGAGAUGUGAGGGGCUGAUUAAGAACAAGAUACAGAUGGAGGCCAAAGCCAAAGAGCUGACAGAAAGACUUGAGGAUGAGGAGGAGAUGAAUGCUGAACUCACUGCCAAGAAGAGGAAGCUGGAGGAUGAAUGUUCUGAGCUGAAGAAGGACAUUGAUGAUCUGGAGCUUACCCUGGCCAAAGUGGAGAAGGAGAAACAUGCCACUGAGAACAAGGUGAAGAAUAUGACUGAGGAAAUGGCUGCUCUGGAAGAAAUCAUCGCCAAGCUGACUAAGGAGAAGAAAGCUUUGCAGGAAGCUCAUCAGCAAACACUGGACGACCUGCAGAGUGAAGAAGACAAAGUCAACACUCUGACCAAGGCCAAGACUAAGCUGGAGCAACAAGUUGAUGAUCUUGAGGGGUCGCUAGAACAAGAGAAGAAGGUUCGUAUGGACCUUGAGAGAGGCAAGAGAAAGCUGGAGGGUGAUUUGAAGUUAAGCCAGGAGAGCGUAAUGGACCUGGAGAAUGAUAAACAGCAAUUAGAGGAACGCCUUAAGAAGAAGGACUUUGAGGUCAGCCAGCUGAAUAGUAAGAUUGAGGAUGAACAGUCCAUGAUAAUACAGCUGCAGAAGAAGAUCAAGGAGCUGCAGGCUCGCGUGGAGGAAUUAGAAGAGGAGCUUGAGGCAGAGAGAGCUGCCCGGGCCAAGGUGGAGAAGCAGAGGGCAGACUUGGCCAGAGAGCUCGAGGAGAUCAGUGAGAGGCUGGAGGAGGCUGGUGGAUCAACGACGGCUCAGAUUGAGAUGAACAAGAAGAGGGAGGCUGAGUUCCAGAAACUCCGCAGAGACCUCGAAGAGGCCACUCUGCAGCAUGAGUCCACCGCUGCCACACUGAGGAAGAAACAAGCUGACAGCAUGGCUGACCUGGGGGAGCAGGUCGAUAACCUGCAGAGAGUGAAGCAGAAACUGGAGAAGGAGAAGAGUGAGCUCAGGCUGGAGCUUGACGAUGUGAUCUCCAGCAUGGAGCAGCUUGUGAAGUCGAAGACCAACUUGGAGAAACUUAGCAGAACCAUGGAGGAUCAAGCUAAUGAAUAUAGAAACAAGUGCGAUGAAUUCCAAAGAUCCCUUAAUGACUUCACAACUCAGAGAGCUAAACUUCUAUCAGAGAAUGGUGAGCUAAGCAGACAAGUGGAAGAAAAGGAAUCUCUCAUUUCACAGCUCACGAGAGGAAAAACGUCUUAUAGUCAACAACUUGAAGAUCUAAAAAGACAACUUGAUGAGGAAGUGAAGGCAAAGAAUGCACUGGCUCAUGCAGUGCAGUCUGCCCGCCAUGACUCUGACCUGCUGAGGGAACAGUUUGAGGAAGAACAGGAGGCCAAGGCAGAGCUACAACGUGGCAUGUCCAAGUGCAACUCUGAGGUGGCUCAGUGGAGGACCAAGUAUGAAACUGAUGCCAUCCAGAGGACAGACGAGCUGGAGGAGGCCAAGAAGAAGCUGGCUCAGCGUCUACAAGAUGCUGAGGAGGCUGUAGAGGCAGUGAAUGCCAAAUGUUCCUCCUUGGAGAAGACCAAACACAGACUCCAGAAUGAGAUUGAAGAUCUCAUGGUGGAUGUGGAAAGGUCUAAUGCUGCUGCUAAUGCCUUGGACAAGAAGCAAAGAAACUUUGAUAAAGUGCUGUCAGAGUGGAAGCAGAAGUAUGAGGAGUCUCAGUGUGAGUUGGAGAGCUCCCAGAAGGAGGCUAGGUCUCUGAGCACUGAGCUCUUCAAGCUGAAGAACUCUUAUGAGGAAGCUCUGGAUCAUCUGGAAACCAUAAAAAGGGAGAACAAGAAUCUUCAAGAGGAGAUUACUGAUUUGACUGAACAGCUUGGCGAGGGAGCAAAGACCAUUCAUGAGUUGGAGAAGACCCGUAAACAGUUGGAGCAGGAGAAGGCAGAUAUUCAAUCUGCUCUAGAGGAAGCAGAGGGUUCCCUAGAGCACGAGGAAGGAAAGAUUUUAAGGGCCCAGCUUGAGUUUAACCAAGUGAAGGCUGACAUUGAGCGCAAGCUGGCUGAAAAGGAUGAGGAGAUGGAGCAGACCAAGAGAAACCUGCAGAGGACCAUUGAUAUCCUGCAGAGUGCUGUGGAAGCAGAGACCAGAAGCAGAAACGAGGCCAUGAGACUGAAGAAGAAGAUGGAGGGAGACCUCAAUGAGAUGGAGAUCCAGCUCAGCCAGUCCAACAGACAGGCAGCCGAGGCCCAGAAGCAGCUCAAGUCCGUUCAAGCUCAUGUGAAGGAUGCCCAGCUGCAGCUUGAUGACACUCUUCGAGCCAAUGAGGAUCUCAAAGAGAACGCUGCUAUUGUGGAGAGACGCAACAAUCUAAUGCAGGCUGAAUUGGAGGAGUUGAGAUCCUUGGUAGAACAGACUGAGAGAGGUCGUAAGCUUGCUGAGCAAGAGCUGCUGGAUGUCUCUGAAAGAGUCCAGCUGCUGCACUCACAAAAUACCAGCCUGCUGAACCAGAAGAAGAAGCUGGAGUGCGAUACAUCCCAGCUUCAGACCGAGGUGGAGGAGGCGGUGCAGGAGUGCAGAAAUGCUGAAGAGAAGGCCAAGAAGGCCAUCACGGACGCGGCCAUGAUGGCCGAGGAGCUGAAGAAGGAGCAGGACACCAGCUCUCACCUUGAGAGGAUGAAGAAGAACAUGGAGCAGACCAUCAAGGACCUGCAGCACCGUCUGGACGAGGCCGAACAGAUCGCAAUGAAGGGAGGGAAGAAGCAGAUGCAGAAGCUGGAGGCCAGGGUGAGGGAGCUAGAGAUGGAGGUUGAAGCUGAGCAAAAAAGGGGCAGUGAGUCUGUGAAGGGCAUCCGGAAAUACGAGCGCCGUAUCAAGGAGCUAACCUAUCAGACUGAGGAAGACCGUAAGAACAUGGCCCGCCUGCAGGACCUUGUGGACAAGCUGCAACUGAAAGUCAAAGCCUACAAGAGAGCUGCAGAGGAGGCUGAGGAGCAGGCUAACAUUCAUCUGGGAAAGUUCCGGAAGAUCCAGCACGAGCUGGAAGAAGCCGAGGAGAGAGCUGACAUCGCCGAGUCUCAGGUCAACAAGCUGCGUGCCAAGAGCCGGGAUGCUGGUUCCAAGAAAGGGUUUGAUGAGGAGUGAAGUUUUGGACCCUUCUGAAAAUCCUAUUCUGCUGUGUGCUGUAGAUUCCCCUCUUCCAUCACUGUUCACAUCCUGUUCACAUCCUAUAAUUGUGUGAAAUAAAAUGUCAUCCAUCAGUCUGAA